AUGGACGGCCAGCUGCUGCCUGCGCUGCUGUUGCUGCUGCUUCUCAGGGCCUUGGGCCCUCAGGGCCAGGGGCCAGGGUCCGGGGGGCCCUCGGGAGAGCCCCCAGAGCGGGUCCCUGAGUUCUCCGAGGAGGAUGGGGUCUUAGUGCUGAGUGGGAACACCCUGGGAUUGGCCCUGAAGAAGUACCCGGCCCUGCUGGUGGAGUUCUACAUCCCACAGUGUGGCCACUGCAAGGCCCUGGCCCCCGAGUACAGCAAGGCGGCCACACUGCUGGCAGCAGAAUCUGUGAAGGCCACCCUGGCCAAGGUGGACGGGACCACGGAGCCGGAGCUGACCCAAGAGUUUGGAGUGACUGAGUACCCCACACUCAAGUUCUUCCGAGAUGGGAACCGGACACACCCAGAGGAGUACACAGGCCCCCGGAAGGCUGAGGGCAUCGCCAAGUGGCUGAGUCGGCGCGUGGGGCCCAGCGCCACCAGGCUGGAGGACGAGAAGGGUGCCCAAGCACUGGUAGACACCCAGGACAUGGUGGUCAUCGGCUUCUUCCAGGACCUGCAGGACGAGGAUGUGGCCACCUUCCUGGCCCUGGCCCAGGAUGCACUGGACCUGACCUUUGGCCUCACUGACCAGCCACAGCUCUUCCAGAAGUUUGGCCUUACCAAGGACACUGUGGUCCUCUUCAAGAAGUUUGAUGAGGGCCGGGCUGACUUCCCCGUGGAUGAGGAGCUUGGCUUGGACCGGGGUGACCUGUCACGCUUCCUCCUCACGCACAGCAUGCACUUGGUCACAGAGUUCAACAGCCAGACAUCCGCUAAGAUCUUUGCUGCCGGGAUCCUCAACCACCUGCUGCUCUUCGUCAACCAGACACUGGCCUCACACAGGGAGCUCCUGGCGGGCUUUGGGGAGGCGGCUCCCCCGUUCCGGGGGCAGGUGCUGUUCGUGGUGGUGGAUGUGGGCGCGAGCAAUGACCACGUGCUGCAGUACUUCGGCCUGAAGGCCCAGGAGGCCCCCACCCUGCGCUUCAUCAACAUGGAGACCAUGAAGAAGUACGCGCCCACAGGCGAGGGGCCAGUCACUGCAGCCACCGUCUCAGCCUUCUGCCACUUGGUCCUCAAUGGCGAGGUUGAGCCCUAUCGCCUGAGUCAGGAGGUCCCGGCCGACUGGGACCAGCGGCCUGUCAAGACCCUCGUGGGCAAGAAUUUCGAACAAGUGGCUUUCGACGAGACCAAGAACGUGUUUGUCAAAUUCUACGCCCCGUCGUGCACCCACUGCAAGGCGAUGGCCGCAGCCUGGGAGGCACUGGCUGAAAAGUAUAGCGACCGUCAGGACGUCAUCAUUGCCGAGCUGGACGCAACGGCCAAUGAGCUGGAGGCCUUUGCUGUGCACAGCUUUCCCACCCUCAAGUACUUCCCGGCAGGGCCCGGUCGGAAGGUGAUCGAAUAUAAAAGCACCAGAGACCUGGAGACCUUCUCCAAGUUCCUGGACAAUGGAGGCAAGCUACCUGAGGAGGAGCCCGCGGAGCCUAGAGCCCCCUACCCGGAGACGGCCAAUUCCACCGUGCUACCCAAGGAGGAGCUGUAA